CCCGGAAGCGCCGCGCCCGCGCAGAGCCGCCGCCGCCGUCAUGCCGAAGCACGAGUUCUCUGUGGACAUGACCUGCGAAGGCUGCUCCAAUGCGGUCACUCGGGUCCUCAACAAGCUGGGAGGGGUGCAGUUUGACAUCGACCUGGCUAACAAGAAGGUGAGCAUCGACUCCGAGCACAGCGUCGACACGCUGCUGCAGACCCUGGGCAAGACCGGGAAGGAGGUGGCCUACAUCGGGCCCAAGUAGUGCGGGCCUGGGCAGGAUGGACCAAAGCGGGCAGGCCCGGAGCCGCUGCGCGCAGGCCGACGGCGCCCCGCGGGGGAGUUCCG